UUGUGUUGCCGGGGACGCUGAUGUCUUCAUCGGUUCUCCCUUCAGCCGGAGAUGGUGGAUCUCUCUCGGAUUUCCAACGUGGAAACGUAGCAUCCAAUUAAUCAGCGACUGCAACUGUACCCCGUGAGGCGCGGUGGCACUCGGUCCGCUCUCCUCAACACCCACCUUUGGACUCCGAAGUGUGGAGAGACGCAUGGUUUGGCUUGUGCGCCGGAUCGGAAUAUGAGAAACAUACCUGGCGCAGCAUUUCAGCGUUUCUUUCUACUUGGACACGGACUGAAUGUGAACUCGCUUUGAGGAAAUCUUCAUGUUGUGGAGUCGUUAAAGUGAUUCACGCGGCUGAAUCAGCUGGGAACGCUAAAUGAGUUGCGUUUUCUGUUUGGAUUUUACCACCGGCAGCCGAGCGGAUUUCAGGUCUGCAUGGGCCAUAUUUAAGCUUUCUUCAUAGGAACUGAGUCUAAGAUGAAGUUAUGGGAUGUUUUGGCCACGUGUUUGUUGCUCCUGAGCUCUGUUGCUACACGGCCUCUCUAUCACCACUCUCAGCCAGCCAAGAGGACUUACUUCCCCAGCAGCUAUAGUGAUUCUGCGUCCCUUUCUUUGGAGGACGACGAGUCAUCGUUCCAGCGUGAAGACCACAACCUGCAGGAGAUCUCCAUGGAGGAUCAGUAUGACAUUGCGGGCCCGUACCCGGAGCAGUUCGAGGAUGUCAUGGAUUUUAUUGAGGCUACCAUCGGCAGACUCCGCAGAUCGUCGGAGCCCGACGGGGCCUCGAGGGGAAGGAGGCAGCAGAAGCAGAGAGGAGGAGCGGCAAACACAGGAGGCGCGAGAGGCGAGGGCCGGGGACACAGCGAACGGCGGCGGGGCCGGGGCCGGGGGGGCGGCCGCGGCGGCAAAGGGGGCCGAGGCGAGAGGGGGAGGGAGAGGAUAUCGGUUCAGAGCCGAGGCUGCUUGCUAAAGGAGGUCCACCUCAACGUGACGGAUUUGGGGCUGGGCUACCAGACUAAAGAGGAGCUCAUCUUCCGGUACUGCAGCGGCCCCUGCGUGGAGGCGGAGACCAACUACGACAAGAUCCUCAACAACCUCACGCACAACAAAAAGCUGGACAAGGACGCGCCGUCCCGCACCUGCUGCCGGCCCAUCGCGUUCGACGACGACCUGUCUUUUUUGGACGACAACGUGGUGUACCACACGCUGAAGAAACACUCGGCCAAGAAGUGCGGCUGCGUCUAAAGUCACGACCAGCAUCGGCGGACUCGAGGAUGAACUGUACGAGCGGUGCUGCGGCGUGAGGGAUUACUGUCGGACAGAGAGGGAGCGCGUCGUCCCUCGUCUUUCUUUUGUUUUUUUGUUUUUUGUUUUGUUUGUGUCAGUAGUUAUUCAGAGGAGC